AUGGCAGCAAAUCUUAAGCAACACUUGGAAAAAGUCGGUAUGUACGGUAUAUCCAAUGAGUUGGGAAUUCGUGUAUUAAAUGAUAUCCUAUGUUUUGUCUCAAAAAGUACUUCUGUUGUUGGUUGCCAAUCAUUAAAAUGGGACACAUUCAUGCGUCGUUAUAAUACAAUACCCACAUUUUUAAGUGAAGUCGAUUAUAGUUCGCAAGGAAGAUCGCAGGGCCACGUUGAUAUUAGCAAGUUGUCCGAUGAGGAAUUAGUUGUGGUAAUUGCUCAAAUUGCUCAGCAGUGUGCAAGUUCGCCAACAUUACCAAGUCCAGAUACAGUUUUGUUGGAUUUAGGAUUAGACUCAUUGGGAGCAGUUGAAUUUAGGAAUUCGGUACUUGACAUGACCGGGGUUAAAUUACCUCAGACACUUGUUUUUGAAAACCCCACAAUAUAUGCGAUUUCCAUGUAUGUAAGGGAUCAAAAAUUAGGAAAUUCGUCAACAUUUGAUUCUACAAAGAGUUAUUCACAAACUUCGAGCGAACAAACCAAGAUGACAAUUGAACAGUGGCUUUUAUCUUCACUAAAGCAAUCAGAAAGAUAUAUUUUAUAUGUUGAAACCUUUGAAAAAAGAUAUCAAACAAUCAAUAAUUUAAUUGCUGAGACUGAUAUUAUUAGUGCAUUAGAGGACUUGGGAGUUGAAAAUAAUGAAGAUUAUGAUCUAUUAUAUGUCUCUUGGAACGAAUUAAUUUCUUCAGAAGAGGAAAAUAAUAAAAAACAAAAUGAGAACAAUGGUAAAGAAAUUGAUCAAAAAUCGACUUUUGACCCAAUUGUGGAUGUAGAGGAAAUCAGAAGUUCGAUGAAAUUAAACUUGGAUGGAGUAUUAACAACUACUGAUCCCUCCGAAUUCAAAACUGCAUUUUUGACAGGCGUUACAGGAUUUGUUGGCAGAAUAUUGCUUGUGAAACUAAUUGAGGAGUUUAAGAAUAUGCAGAUUGUUUGCCUUGUAAGAGCAAGUAAUCCCGAGAAAGGUUUAGAAAGAAUAAUUAAUGUUUGUGAAGAGGCGGAGAUAUGGGAUUCAUCCUAUGCUUCUAGGAUUAUUGUAGAAUGUGGAAAUUUUGAGGAGGAGUAUUUGGGGCUUUCAGAGGAAAGGUAUUAUGAAUUAUGUAAGGAAAUUGACGUAGUUUACCACAUAGGAGGUGAUGUGAACCUAUUAAGCAAUUACAAAAGGCUAAGAAAAACAAAUACUCUUUCACUAGUUGGAAUAAUUAAUUUCUGUACAACCAUCAAGCUUAAACAUUUGCACUUCUCCUCAACACUUGGUCAGUUCCCAGCAUUCUUUGCAAUGUUCACUAGGGAGUUUGAGAGUGCAGUAGUUAAGGAAACAGAAGGACCAUCUACUAGAGAAAUGAGUAGGCUAUUCCCUCCCACAAGACAAGGUUAUCCUUGGAGUAAAUGGGCAGCUGAGCAAAUUUUAGAAGCUGCCCAUCAGCAAGGCCUUCCUCUUUCGAUUUACAGACUACCAAAUACAUACGUUGCCUCAGAUACAGGGUAUACAAACAAAACCGAUUAUGCGACGGCUCUAUUGAUCGCUUCAAUUCUUGAGGGAAUAUUCCCUAUUGGUUCUUCUACCGCACCAUUAACACCAGUUAAUACAAUUUGUGAAAUAAUAAUAUCUGCAUCUAAAAAGAAGGAGAGAAAACAUUGGAGAUAUAAUUUAUUAGAUACAAGGAUUUUAGGAAAAAAACAUAUCGAAACUCUGGCUUCUCAACUUGGAUUAGAAAAUUAUAAAGGUGUUGCAAUUGAUGAAUUCUUUACUGCAAUAAAAAAGAGGGGGCCAGAAAGCCCCAUCUUUAAGUUUGUACCUUUAAUGCAAUAUUGGAGGCACUAUUGGUUUGAUAACACUGAAAGAACUCAACCCUUCCCGGUUGAUACAUCAAAUGUGUUUGAAGACAUGCCUGAAAUUUCAUGGCCACCACUAGAUAUUACUUUCCAAAAUUCGUUUUUAUAUUGCGUAAAAAGAGAGUACUUCCCACCAAACUCUUGUUCGGUCUCUUUAGCUCCUCAUAAAUGUUUCAGCGAUGCUUUGAACGAAAUUAAAGCAGAAUUAAACACAAGAAAUGCUCAGUUCAACCAGAAUAGAUAUGAACUUAUUUGCAGAAAGAUGAAAAGUAACGCAGAGACGAUUUGUGAUUUAUUGGAAAAAGUUCCAAUUAAAUUCUAUGCCAAAUAUUCUUAUUACGUAUUUUUGAAACAAUCUGUAAUAAACCAAUACAUGGUCGAAGAGUCCUUAAAUUCUUCAAUGAUAGAAAAAUUUAAGAUAAUGAACUGUUAUUUUAUUACAGGAACAACUUUUGAGGAAAUACUGGAAAUGAGAAAAAUUCUGAGGAAAUCGUUAAAUAAUUACAAUGAAUUAAAAUUUGCAGAUAUUGCUUGUCCUUAUCUCCCAAUAAAGAAUUCAAGAAGAUUAAUUUUAGAACAAGUAAAAAUUGCAACAUCAGUUUUACCUUUAUCAAGAUUUGAGAUGAUAGAUUCAGAAGAAAUAUUAACAGAUGAUUCAAUUUUGUUAGAAAUGUUUAUGUUUGCUCCAUUUAGUCUGCCAUUAUUAUCCGGUAAAGAAGGCUUCGAAGGAUAUAAAAAUAAAAUAAUAAGUAGUUCCGAGAAAAUAAUUGAAGCAUAUUCAUCUUUUAAAAAUUAUGUUACUCGAACAUUAAUAAAGAAUAAUUACAACAAUAAGUACCCAAUAAUUUUCAGUUCGCCUUUCCAUUUGGGUUUUGUAAAAGAAAUUCUACAGAUAUUUGAAAACUCCAAAAUCAUUGUUAUUACUAAUAAAAAACCACACCACUCAACCAUAAAGAACAAGUCGUCAAUUUUAAAAAUUUUAAGAUCAAAAUAUAUUAACGUGGAUACGAGCGGAGACGAUAAUUCUGAGACAUCAGAUCUAACCGAUAUCCUUGAGGAAAUGAAAAGUAGAUUUAUUAUCAGUGAACCCAGCAUUGAUAAAAAUAGACUAAUUCAUCUCAAAGAUUUUGGAGAAAUAAGCCAAAAUGAAAAGACAAACGUACAGUUACAAGAUUUUUGUUGCAACAGUAUAGAAAAUAGCUUUUAA